AUGAAGAAGAAAGAAGACGUAGAGCGAGGGUCUCCUACAAAUGAAAAUUCUGGGAAGAACCGGCCGCGGGAACCCCUCGGGGAGAGUGAGGGGCGCUCUCGGGCUCCCGACUCCGCUCCCAGGCCCCGCCCCGCCGCUGACGUCAGUUGUUAUGUCUCGGGCUCGGCCGCGGCCGCAGCUGAUCCGCCGCUGGGCAAGAGGCGGCGGCGGCGGCGUCUCGGUCUCGGUCUCGGUCUCCGCAGCCGCGGUCGGCGCUCGGCGCUCGGGGUCGCGGGGCGGCGGGGAAUCCCGGGCCGGGAGCGCGUAGGCCCGACGCCGCGCGGGGAUCCCGCCCUCCCGCCCCACGAGCAGUCCGGGGCCCGGCGGCGUGGGCCCCCAGCGGCUCGCCUUCUCCCGCGCAGCCGCCAGGCCGGGGCCGGGGCCGGGGCCGGGGCCGGGCGAGCGCGCCCUGGAGCCGCCGGCCGCCCGCGGGGUCGCGGAGCCCGUGCCCGCCGGGGCCUAGCGCGCGGCCCGCGCCUCCUCGGAGCCCUUGCAGGCCGGCCCCGGAGGCCUCGGGGAGUGACCGAGCCCGGGAUCCCGCGGCGCCCCUGCCCCGCCCGGGGCCCGCCGGUUCCCCGCCCGUGGCCCCCCCCUGCCCCCCCCUCCGCCCCCACCCUGCUUGCCCCCCUCCUGCAGCCCCCUCCCCAGUGCGGUGUUGUUUUUCUCCCCCUGGCGCCCCCCCCUUCCAGCCGUGCCCUCUCGCAGCCUGACCUUGGCCCCCCGCUGCUUGAUGGGGGUCUCCCCUCCUCCCCCCCGGCCCUCGUCCGCACCCCCCCGGGCGGUGACCGGGGGAUGCCGGCCGCGUCCUUGGGCUUCCGCAGCGCGCUCCGCCUCCGCCUCCGCCUCCGCCGCCCCCGCUGA